AUGUGUUCCUCAAUUAAAGGCUCUUAUAUAUACAUAUUUGCUGUACUCCUCCUUUCUAGUACAACAAAAAUAUACGGGAUAAGCGUGACCCUCACGCCCAAGGAAACACGCUGUUUCGUUUCAAACGCUGCAGUAGGAGAUAAAAUUAUCGGUUCCGUAGGCCUAGUUCCAGCAGAUGCCGUCGUGCAAAUAAACCUAUUCAAAGUCGAAAACAAUCUAGUAACGGCGAGGCUGGAUAGACCAGUAAAGGGUUUGGACUUCGCAAAUAUAAAUUACGACGUCGCCGAAAACGGUUUCUACUCACUCUGCCUGUCAAAUGAGCACUCAGACCUGGUCACAUUCGUAGUAUCGUUCAGAGUAGAGACCGUGACGAACAAGGGAAUGUCAUCGCUAUCGACAGUGGAGGAUAUGAAGGGAGUAAUAACAUACGCGGACCGCCUGUUGACAACGACGAGAGAGAUCAUGGAGAGAAUGGAAGCGUACAGCACGAGGGAGUACCUGCUGUCGAAAGUCAUCAACAGGAUGAACUCUAGAAUAGUUACCUGGUCGCUGAUCCAGAUGGUAGUAGUAAUAGGAUUGUGCUGCUACCAAAUAUAUCACAUAAGCUCCUUCUUCGAAGUAAAGAGUUUUGUAUAA